CAUAACUGAUUCCGUAUAACUGACACUAACUUCAGCCUGACACAAUCUACUCUACUCGGCAUUACAAAAAUGUAAUUCUUGCAGUAUUGCGAAGAAAAAUAAUUAUUCGUUACUCGGCUUGAGUUUUUCGGUUGUCUUGGAAAAUGCGUCGUGCCACAUGUCCUUAUCACCAUGUCCAAAGCGAUCCGCGGUCAACGUGGGAGGUGUCAGCAAUCAGCAUCGUGGCAGGACUGGUCGCUGCUUUCCUGAAUGCGUUUGCGCUUGGAAUGUUGUGGUCCUUACCGCAUCCCAUUCGUAUACCUCUCCAGCUCGCAAAUUUUAUGACCGCAUUGGGUAUGGUCGGCACCGGCUGCGCUAUGUUAUACGGGACGUUUGGGCGGCAUUUGUAUAACGUUAAAAUUGCAACGGCUACUACGACCAUGGUCUACGGCAUCUACCUUCUGGCGCAAUAUAAUGCCGGUGGCAACUGUGCGGUCAUGAUGAUUUUGCUGUUACGUUACCAGUGUAGCCAAGAUUGCGGUGUUUCCUGCGAUGGAGAUCUCACAAUUUUCAUAACUCAGGUUUUCGUGAUCGUUCAAUCUAUUCAUAUCGCCAUCGGCGCCACGUGGUUUAUCGUUUGCUAUUCGAAUUAUCCUGGCCGGUCUGAUGCGUCGGGGCAAUGUACUCGAAAGAAGACGGACAAUCGGGAGAACGAUGAUGAAACUGCGUACGAUCGACAAGAAGCGAAGAAACAGCAAGGAGUUUCACAACAAGCAGAUGUGUUUUUCCAGUUGCGCAACGCUGGCAAUGAACGCAGAGUAUGAACAACCCUGACGACCCUGCGCCGCUGAAGAGUGUCACGCCGCAUUAGCUGGAAAAACGGAUACCCUGGAUAAUGAUGAUACAAUCCCUAAAAUCAGAUCAAAUAGGGCGCAUAUGCGAAUUUUCAUUUUUUAUUCUACAUCAAGGUUGUUAUUAUGAUAAAGCAAUGUUGCUCUGCAGUAUAACGUACUUGCACAACCACUUAGCGCAUAUCAGUCUACUUACAUACAUUGUUAUAAUAAUAUUGUU